AGUGAAGAGGAACGUGUGUCCAGUGGUCCUGAUCCCCAAGGAGCUAGUAGCUGGGAAUCUAGAGCCCCACUCAUCCUCCAGUCUUGCAUCAGCCUGGCCUCUUUCCUACUGUGGCCAUGGGCCCGUGGGCUCUACUGGUCCUCUUGAUGGCCACAGCCUGGCAUGGUCAGGGGAUCCCGGUUAUAGAGCCCCAAGGCCCAGAGCUGGUUGUGGAGCCAGGCACACCAGUGACCCUGCGAUGUGUGGGCAAUGGCACAGUGGAGUGGGACAGCCCUAUCUCGCCCGGCUGGACCCUGGGCCAUGAGGCCCCCAGCAGCAUCCUGACCACAACCAAUGCCACCUUCCGAAACACGGGGACCUAUCACUGCACUGAGUCUGGAGAACUCUCGAGGGGCGACGCCAACAUCCACCUCUUCGUGAAAGAUCCUUUUCGUCCCUGGAACAUCCUGGCGGAGGAGGUGACAGUGCUUGAGGAUCAGGACGCACUGCUGCCCUGCCUGCUCACUAACCCGGAGCUGGAGGCUGAUGUCUCGCUGGUGCGGGAGCGGGGCCGGCCUGUCCGGCACGACACCAGCUACUCUUUCUUGAAGUGGCGUGGCUUCACCAUCCACAAGACCAAGUACCUUGACAGCUCGGUCUACCACUGCAGCACCCUGGUGGGUGGCAGGAAGGUGCUGUCCAUCGGCAUCCAGCUCAAGGUGCAGAGAGUCUCAGGGCCCCCGGCCUUGAAGCUGGAGCCUGCGGAGCUGGUUCGGAUUCAAGGGGAGGCUGCCCAGAUCGUGUGCUCAGCCAGCAGCGUGAACCCCGCCUUUGACGUCUUCCUCCAACGUGGAGACACCAAGCUGACAGUCUAUGCAGCAACUGACUUCCAUGAUAAGCAUUACCAUAACGUCCUGACCCACAACCUACAUCACGUAGGCUUCCAAGAUGCUGGCAACUACUCCUGCGUGGCCACCAGUGCCCAGGGUGGCAGCUCCACCUCCAUGGUCUUCCGGGUGGUAGAGAGUGCCUACUUGAACUUGACCUCUGAGCAGAACCUCCUCCAGGAGGUGAGCUUGGGUGAGAAGUUCAACCUCAAAGUCAAGGUGGAGGCCUACCCGGCUCUGCAAGGCUUUAACUGGACCUACCUGGGACCCUUCUCUGACCAGCAGCACAGCCUCAAUUUUGACAUCAUCGAGGACACAUACAGGUACACCUCCACCCUCUCCCUGCCCCGCCUGAAGCCCUCUGAGGCUGGCCGCUACUCUUUCCUGGCCAGAAACGCGGGAGGCUGGAAAACUUUGACCUUUGAAAUUAUCCUUCGAUACCCCCCAGAGGUAAGGGUCAUGCAGACCCACAUCAAUGGCUCUGAUGCCCUGGUCUGUGAAGCCACUGGGUACCCACGGCCCAACGUAACGUGGCUACAGUGCUGGGGCCACACUGAUAGAUGUGAGGGGGCCCAGGAGCUGGUCUUGGAGGGCACGCACCCUGAGGUUCUAAGCGAGGAGCCCUUCCAUAAGGUGACUGUCCAGAGCGUGCUGGCCAUUGGAAGCCUGGGACACAACAUGACCUAUGAGUGCAGGGCCCACAACUGGGCAGGGAAUGCCACCCAGGCCUUCUGGCCCAUCUCUGUCGAAGCCACUGUACAUCGCCUUAAGGAGCCCCUCUUCACACCGGUGCUGGUUGCCUGCAUGUCGGUCAUGGCCUUGCUGCUACUGCUGCUCGUGCUGCUUCUGUACAAGUACAAGCAGAAGCCCAAGUACCAGGUGCGCUGGAAGAUCAUCGAGAGCUAUGAGGGCAACACUUACACCUUCAUCGACCCCACCCAGCUGCCCUACAAUGAGAAGUGGGAGUUUCCCCGAAACAACUUGCAGUUUGGUAAGACCCUCGGAGCUGGUGCCUUUGGGAAGGUGGUGGAGGCCACGGCCUUUGGUCUGGGCAAGGAAGAUGCUGUCCUGAAGGUGGCUGUGAAGAUGCUGAAGUCCACGGCUCACGCUGACGAGAAGGAGGCCCUCAUGUCGGAACUGAAGAUCAUGAGUCACCUGGGCCAGCAUGAGAACAUAGUCAACCUUCUAGGAGCCUGUACACAUGGAGGCCCUGUCCUGGUCAUCACUGAAUACUGUUGCUAUGGCGACCUGCUCAACUUCCUGCGCCGAAAGGCUGAGGCCAUGCUGGGACUCAGCCCGGACCCAGGCCAGGACCCUGAUGGGGUCACUGGCUACAAGAACAUCCAUCUGGAGAAGAAAUGUGUCCACAGGGACAGCGGCUUCUCCAGCCAGGGUGUGGACACCUAUGUGGAGAUGAGGCCUGUCUCCACUUCAUCUUCAAAUGACUCCUUCUCUGAGCAAGGCCUGGACAAGGAAGACAGGCGGCCACUGGAGCUCAGAGACCUGCUCCACUUCUCAAGCCAAGUGGCCCAGGGGAUGGCCUUCCUCGCUUCCAAGAAUUGCAUCCACCGGGAUGUGGCAGCCCGAAACGUGCUGUUGACCAGUGGGCAUGUGGCCAAGAUUGGGGACUUUGGGCUGGCUAGGGACAUCAUGAAUGACUCCAACUACAUUGUCAAGGGCAACGCCCGCCUGCCUGUGAAAUGGAUGGCUCCAGAGAGCAUCUUCGACUGUGUAUACACGGUUCAGAGUGACGUCUGGUCUUAUGGCAUCCUCCUCUGGGAGAUCUUCUCACUUGGUUUGAACCCCUACCCUGGCAUCCUGGUGAACAGCAAGUUCUACAAACUGGUGAAGGAUGGUUACCAAAUGGCCCAGCCUGCGUUUGCCCCAAAGAAUAUAUACAGCAUCAUGCAGGCCUGCUGGGACCUGGAGCCCACCCGCAGACCCACUUUCAAGCAGAUCUGCUUCCUCCUUCGGGAGCAGGCCAAAGUGGACAGGAAAGAGCAGGACUACGCCAACCUGACCAGCAGCAGCAGCAGCGGCAGCAGCAGUGGUGGCAGCGGCAGCAGCGAGCCAGAGGAAAGCUCAAGUGAGCACCUGGCCUGCUGUGAGCAAGGGGAUAGUUCCCAGUCAAUGCUGCAGCCCAACAACUACCAGUUCUGCUGAGGUGAUGACAAGGAAGUACUGCCUCUCCCCUCCUCUAAGCUUCGACUCCUCCAUGCGUGGGCAACAUGGGGAGAACAUACAAACUCUGCCCUUGGUCAUGUCACUCAACAGCCUGCCCAGCUCUGAAACUCUGCAACGUGAACAACUCAUGGGAGGUCGGAGGACCCCACUUCUGAAGCCUGGGCCAUCACUGCCAGCCAGCGGCUGGGGGCUGAGCCCCCAUCCCCUCCCACACUGUUCUCAGUGCUGCCAGCCUCAUGUUUGCUAUGCCAACUGGUAGAACCCCCAGCUCACUCUUAACCUUGUACCCACUUCCAGGAACCCCUUUCCCUGGUUCCCUCAUGUCUCAAUGGUUUUGUCCCUAACCAGUCCUCAGGAGCUGCCCUAGUACUGAGAAAACGAGGCCCCUCAGGACUGCACAGACUGGCAAAGUAGGAGCCCCCUCGCCUGACCGGAUAGAGCAGCAGGAGGGGGCUGGUGCUCAGAGGCUGCAUUCAGGUCAGGCCCUCGGAACAAGCGGCUCCUUUGGAAGAAUCUAACAGUACCUCCUGGUCUCUGCCCUAUAAAAGCCUUCACCCCCACCUCUACCCUGCCUGGAUCUGGUACUGCUGUAAUGAGCCACGUGGCAGCUAAAAGUUAGGGGUGUUCUGCCCACUACCCCAUCAUGCUGGGCGGGAGAGCAUAGGACCUUGGCGUGUGGCUGGCCACACUAAGCAAGAAGCGCGUGCUCCCCCAAGUUGACUCAUCAUAACUAAUGGUCACGCUGCGGGACAUCUCCGUCGACAUUAAACUAACAGCAUUAACAAA